UAGGAAUAACAAACAUUUUCUUAGAUUAAGUUAAUUUUCAAACUAUCCUUCAUCUUAAAUACAAAACUUUCAAAAUGAAAUCCAUUGCAAAAUGAGCAGACAGACCAUAAAGAACCAAAGGCUUGAGUUGAUUUCACUGUCAAAAAAAUAUGUCAUAACAAAAAUGGCGGACGACGACGAAAUUGACAUUUUAGGAGAUUUUUCUUUUAAUUCUUGUUUUGCUCAAAACAAUCAAGGAAUCCCUUCCUGUUCCAAUAGAGAAGAUACGGUGCAUCCACAAUGGCUACUCGACUCCACAGAGACGAACUGGUACGAUAAACAAAAUAAUAGGCUAAAAGAGGGAUCACCGAGGAAGCUCUACGGGAACAACUCUUCAGAUAAGCACGCAAAUGAUGUUCAUACAGCCUGGAGUGCUAGAGAGAGGGAUAUCCUUAUUAAAGAGAUGGCUAAAUAUGGAAGAAAUGUACGUAAAAUAUCACAAACUUUGAAAACAAAGACUGAAGCAGAGAUACAGGCAUUGAUUGAGGCUGAGUAUGGUGUUAACUUGGAGACUCCAACAUUUGGGCUGGACAAACCAGAGGACCAUGAGGAUAUACCAGCUGUGGUCCAGGAAGAAAUAGUUGCAGAUGACAUGACUAGCAUAAAUAAUGUUAUCAACAUGGUAUCCACCGGAGCACCCACUAUUAAUGUACCAAAGAAACCAUUCAGGAAGAAAAACACAAACUCAAAAAGUCUCCUAAAACCAGAUGUUUUAAACGACAAGAAGGCUGAGUUAAUGGCAAUAAAUCCAGCAGAAAUAUUAUAUGAAGAUGAUCUAAUAAUAGGGUCGACAGAAUCUAUUGGUUCUGACCUUGACCUGACUGACAUUGUCUCUAAGAAUAUAGUUAAGUAUCAGGCGAAAGUGAAGGCUGAGAAAAAGAUUGGUAACCAUAGGAGAAAAAGGUCUAGGAAUUAUGAUAAGGGAACAACUAGGAAUAAAAGUAAGGAGUUAUUGAAAUCUCCCUUAGGAAGACAGAGGAAGGAUUCUAGUUUGUCUGAGGACAGUGUGAAGAGUCCUAAAAUGCAGAUUGUGUUGGGCUCUGGACAAGCUUUGCCAGUGUCUGAAGGGGAACAAGUGAUAAAAAUAGAGAAGAAGAAAGACUCGGAACCAGAGAGUGACAUAGAGAUAGAUGUGGACAGUGACAGUGAGAGUAGUACUCACAAGUCUACUCCAACCAAGGAGCCCAGGGAGAAGGCAACAGAGGAACCUAUAGCUGUACCACUCAGUCGGUUUGAACCUAUGCCCAAAAGACCCAAGAAGAUUAAUCUGGACGGUGGAGGUGGCUACACCAUAAUGCAUACAGAAGCGGGUGACUUAGUAGCAUUGGGCGCAGAACCGCGCCGAGGUCGUGCACCUCGCAAGACACCAGUACAACUAUUGCACUGUCGGGUCUAUAAUGCUGAGAAACCGGCUCCAUUCGAGGUGCGAGUGCACGUGUCGACGCUGGUCCUGAUGGACGGCCACGCGCACACGUCCCGCGGCGAGGUGAUGGGCCUGCUGGGGGGCGAGCUCAGUGCGGCCGCCCCGCCACUGCUCACUGUCUCCGCCUACAGACCGGCCGCCGCCGCCGCUGGUAGCACGCACUGCGAUAUGGAUCCUGUAUCACAAUCCAUGGCCGCCGAGUCCCUGCGUGGCGCGGGCACGCUGGUGGUUGGCUGGCACCACUCGCACCCGCAGUUCCCGGCCGCUCCGUCGGCGCAGGACCUGCUGUCGCAGCGCGGCCUGCAGCGCGCGCUGGAGUGGACGCACGUACCCUUCCUCGGGUUCAUCACCUCGCAACACUGGCCUACUGGCAGGACGGCUUCGCAGUACCGAUGUAUUCGCGUGGAAGACGAACAAGAUGCAGAGCUCCCAACAGGAUACCAACUCAGUGUGAAGCUAGUACCAGAUCUCACGGCAGACAAUUUGUCGAAUUACCUACAAGAGCUGCGCGCUGUCAUGGUGGACAACCUCAGUAGAAACGAGUUCAGUGUCAACCUUGUUAAGGACAUUUGUCCUCAAGCGAAAAUUACGUAUUUAGAAAAGUGCAUAUCAAGCGCAUCGCAUCACAUGCGGUCAGCAGGAUACGAAGAGUCCGACCCGCUCGUGCAACAACUCAUGCAAGGAAUCAGAGAUGUCUUCAGAUAGACAUAACAUCACAAAUUACAUGGAUUUACUUUCAUUACCACAUUUAUUGUAGACUCCUUGGUCCAUAUUAAAGGCAAAACAGGAGCAAUUACUCGCCACGCGCCCACUGACGUUUCGCAAGAAGACGCGCCCACUCUAGGGUUAAUUUUUAUAUAGACCACUAUGUAGUAAUGUCUUGUUCAAGUAUUGAAUUCCUGUACGUAGUAUUGUUUCUAGUGCCUACAUCACUACCCUUUUUAUACUUUAGAAUUGUUGUAUUUCUUCACAGUAGCUAGAUUUUGAUAAAAUAAUGAUUUUAAUACGAUUGAGUAGAACUGUUCAUGUAAAUACAGUGCUGUAUUGUGAUAUAAAGGAGUUAUAGAAGUUUUUAGCAAUUCUUUGUAUAAUAAUAUACGUCUCAAUUUCCUUUACAGAGCUUUGUAUGUAGAAGAGGAUGUUAUUUAUUGAUUUGAAAUAAUUAUAAUAUUAAGUCAUCACAAUGUAUAAAAAUUGUUUAAUACCGUAUUCCAGCGGGGUUAUCAUAACGUCCUAUCCAUAAGUCAGAAUGGUUCCAUUGAGGGAAAGAAACAGAGAGCUAUACAAGUCGUCUAGCGAGAUCUCGUUCCGAUUAGGACGUCAUAAUA